AUGGCCAAUUCGAGGCGUCAGGCUCCGAACCCAUACGUUUUCUUUGGUCUCUUCGUCCUCUCCUCCGGCCUCUUCUACCUCGUCGCCAAACGCACCACACACAACACCUUUCUCUCCAGUCAGGCCAAUCCUAAAAACCUCCUUUCGCCUCAGCAACCCGCGUUUGAUAAGGACAAGAUCACCGUCAUCUAUGUCCUCGGUGGUCCAGGCGUAGGCAAGGGCACCCAAUGCUCUAAGCUCGUGGAGAAGUUUGAGUUCUGCCAUCUCUCGGCCGGAGACCUCCUUCGCGCAGAACAAGACAGAGAAGGCUCUCAGUUUGGCGAUCUGAUCAAAACAUGUAUAUUGGAGGGCACCAUUGUCCCUAUGGAAGUCACUAUCAAACUUCUUGAGAAUGCUAUGCGCGCCGAGUUGGCCCGCAGAAACACGGGUGCAUGGUCCGAUGGCAAAGGCCGCUUCCUCAUCGAUGGUUUCCCCAGGCAAAUGGACCAGGCACAAGAGUUCGACAAGACGGUCUGCCCAGCCACGCACGUCAUCUUCUACACUGCUCCAGAAGACGUGAUGGUGGCUCGCUUGCUCGAGAGGGGCAAGACUAGUGGCCGCGCAGAUGACAACGUCGAGAGUAUCAAGAAGCGCCUCGCCACAUACCACGACAAGACUAUGCCCGUCGUACAGUACUACGAGCUGUCCAACAAAGUAUCCAAGGUCCGCCAUCUAUAG